UAUUGGGAGUUUUCUUCAACCUUUUCUCUCAUUGGUUUUUAUUAUAUAUAAAGGAUACUAAACCAUCAUGUGUGAUCUUGUGGUUAAUCUAGCUAUUUUUAUUUCAAAAUGAAUCCUCUUAUUCUAUUGAAGAAUGCUGCUCAAAAUGGAGAUGUUAACAAGUUAUAUCAAGCGAUAGCUAAAGAUUCUAAUGUUUUGGAGCAUUAUGAUAAAACAUCUUUCGCUGAAACUCCAUUACAUAUAGCUACAAGUCGAGGGCAUAUCAAUUUUGCUUUAGAGAUAAUGAGGCUUAAACCAUCUCUUUCCAAGAAGCUAGAUGAACAAGGAUGGAGUCCCAUGCACGUUGCGUUGCAACAUAACCAGACCUCGAUGGUGCAUCGGCUCAUAGAGACGGACCCAACCCUUGUUGGUGUCAAAGGAAGGGAGGGUUUCACUCCACUGCACUACGUUGUUCAAAACGACGGAGUUAAUCUCUUGCGUGAGUUUCUAGCGGUAAGCCCUCAUUCCGUCAUUGAUACCACGAAUAAAGGCAAAACGGCUUUGCAUAUCGCUGCGGAGAAGGGAAAUACCAGAGCUUUAGAGGCUUUGUUGUCGUUUCUUGGAAGGUCAUGGUAUAGGGAGGCAUUAUAUUGGGAAGAGAAAGUAGUUAACUGGAAGGAUGAAAAUGGUUUCACUGUACUGCAUGUAGCAGUGACGAUGAACGAUAUCCAGAUUGUGAAAUCGUUACUAAACUCUAAAAUCAACGUGAAUGCAAAAAGCCUAGAAGGUUUUACAGUUCUGGACAUUGUUGAUCGUGCUAACAAUAAUCCAGACAUGAAAGAUGUUUUAAUCCAAGCAGGAGCUAAACAUAGUGAUGUAAUGAAGACCUACGACAUUAAUGCUAUUCCUUCCAUGAAGCAAGUAAGUUUUGAACCAAAGCCUACACUUCUUGAUAAUGUCAUACGGUUCCUAAAAGGCCAGAAAACAAAUAUCUCGACCGAAACACGUGAUGCUUUGCUAGUGGUGGCUGCACUGGUUGCAACAGCCACUUUCCAAGCGGUUCUCAGCCCACCGGGAGGGCUUCGACAGGCUGACAGUAGCGACAGUGAUUCACUUCCGUUCAGCAAGGUGGGGAAGGUGGUGAUGAAAGAAUGGUUAUACAUAACUUUCUUGAUUCUUAAUAGUACUUCAUUUUGGGUGACAAUCAUAACCAUUUAUCUUUUACUCCCAAACGGGUUUUAUGGUCAACUAUCGACUCUACCCUUAAUUCUCUUCUCGCUUACCUACUUGUUCUGCUCAACAAUCAUAUCACCAAGCCUCAUUUGUGCCAUUGUUAAUUUCAGCUUUUUCAUAUUUUGUGUGGUGUUACUAAGUUCAGGCCUUGUGGUUAUAUCCAAUCAUUCCUUGUUGUCCUCCAUCAAGCAGAAAUUAUGGUCCCGUUGCAGAUAGGAUGAUUUACUUGCGGAUUUGGAGUUUGUUGCAUGGAACCUCCUCAUCACUUGUUUGUGUUGUGUUACUCUGUCUAUGACAUAACGUUGAAACUCUAUUGCUAAUUGUUGAAUAUUAAUGUGUUGUAAUUAAAGUUUGUAUUCAAUCAGUGAGAUGGGAAUGAAUGAAUUUAAGAAA